AUGACGAAGCAGAGGAAGUGCUCUGUUCUUGGAGUUGCUGUGGUUGCCGCGGCGGUGCUGCUGUUUUUUGGGUCAUGUGGUGCUGCACAAGCGCCGCCGCCGGCGGAGGAGAUGCAGACGUUUGUGAGGAAGUUCAUAAGUUGGGAUGACGCGAGGUUGGAUGGCUAUAGCUACGAUAAUGGCUAUGGGGAUGAGCAGCAGCAGGGGGAGGCGAGGCCGAGUUACGGCGAGGCAUAUUACAAGGGAAGCAGAGUGAUCGUCGUUGACCAGAACGGCGGCGGGGAUUCCGUUACCGUUCAAGGCGCCGUGGAUUUGGUCCAUGAAUUCAACACUCAGAGGGUUAAAAUCCACAUCCUCCCUGGAACUUACAGGGAGAAGGUUGUUGUGCCAGUUACCAAGCCGUACGUCUCGCUGAUUGGGAACGAAAGCGACGUGUCCAAAACAGUGAUAACAUGGCACAACAAAGCUUCUGAUUUGGACUCCAGAGGAAUUGAGCUUGGAACCUUCAAGUCUGCGUCGGUUACCGUUCUCUCCGAUUUCUUCUGCGCCACUGGGAUCACUUUCGAGAAUUCGGUAGUGGCAGUUCCAGGAGGGUAUGGAAUGCAAGCAGUGGCGCUGAGGGUUGCAGGGGACAAAGCUUUCUUCUACAGGGUGAAGAUCAAAGGUUCGCAGGACACGCUGCUGGACGAAACCGGAUCGCACUACUACUACCAGUCUCACAUUCUGGGCAGCAUCGAUUUCAUCUUUGGCCGCGGCAGGACGCUGUUCCAGGACUGUGUGGUGGAGUCUACAGCAGAGAACUACGGAGCAAUCGCAGCGCACCACAGGGAUUCAGCGGAGGAGGACACCGGUUUCUCGUUCGUGGGUUGCUUGAUUAGAGGAACAGGGAAGAUUCUGCUGGGAAGGGCAUGGGGAAACUGUUCAAGGGUCAUCUAUUCCUACUGCCAUAUUGAUGACGUGAUUACACCUCCAGGAUGGAGCGACUGGGACAAACCUGACAGGCAACGAACUGCAGUUUUUGGGGAGUACAGAUGCAAGGGAAGAGGAGCAGAUACAAGGAGGAGAGUAGCUUGGGCAAAGACCCACUUUACUCUUCAGGAAGUCAAACCCUUCUUGGACUUGAGAUUCAUAGAUGGACACCAAUGGCUGAGACUAUAG